AUGUUUUAUCACAACAGCAGUAUUUUUCACCCAGCCACCUUUUUCCUCAUUGGAAUUCCAGGUCUGGAAGAGGUCCACGGCUGGAUCUCUCUACCCUUCUGCUCUGUGUACCUGGUGGCCUUACUGGGCAACGCCACAAUUCUAAUGGUCAUCAAGAUGGAUCAGAGCCUCCGGGAGCCCAUGUUCUACUUUCUGGCCAUCCUGUCAACCAUCGAUUUGGCCCUCUCUACCACUUCUGUGCCUCGCAUGCUAGGCAUCUUCUGGUUUGAUGCUCAUGAGAUUAAGUUUGGAGCAUGUGUGAUCCAGAUGUUUCUGAUCCAUACUUUUACUGGCAUGGAAGCAGAGGUCUUACUGGCCAUGGCCUUUGACCGCUACGUAGCCAUCUGCGCUCCACUCCACUACACAACCAUCCUGACAUCAAGGGUGCUGAUGGCCAUCAGCACAUGUAUUGUUAUCAGGCCCAUCCUCCUUACACUUCCCAUGGUCUACCUAAUCUACCGACUACCCUUCUGUCAGGCUCAUAUAAUAGCUCACUCCUACUGUGAGCACAUGGGCAUUGCUAAGCUGUCCUGUGGAAACAUCCGUGUCAAUGCUAUCUAUGGACUCUUCGUGGUUUCGUUUUUUGUCCUGAACCUCAUCCUUAUCGGCAUCUCCUAUGUCUACAUUCUCUGCGCUGUCUUUCGCCUCCCAUCCCAGGAGGCGCGCCUAAAAUCCCUGAGCACAUGUGGCUCUCACGUUGGCGUCAUCUGUGUUUUCUACAUCCCCUCAGUCUUCUCUUUCCUCACUCACCGAUUUGGACACAGCAUACCUCGCUACAUCCACAUCCUUGUUGCCAAUCUCUACCUGGUUAUUCCACCUUCACUCAACCCUAUCAUUUAUGGUGUAAGGACCAAACAAAUAAGAGAGCGGGUGCUCUACGUUUUUACUCAGAAAUAA